CUGCUACUAAAGAUGGUAGCCAGUUAAGAAUCGAGCUAAUUAGUAGCUUUCAAGCAAGAGAUUCAUCUCAAUAUAAAACAUACAGCACCGUAGAAGAGGACCAUUAGUCGAAACUGACGAGAUACAGCUUACCUGCCUUUCCACGUGGAAGAAAACGGAGGACAGAGACGUGCUAACUACGGAGUUGGCUUUUCUACAAGGAAUCUGCAGGACAACAUGAGUGGAGAGAAGCAAACAUUGCUGGAUGAAAUCAAACAGAGUUUACACCCUCUAACGGAGGAUAAUUUACGACACCUGUGUGAACGUUGUGGAAUAGAUGGCUCCCAAGUUAAAGGAAAGAACCAUCGCAUAUUGCAACGUAAAAUCUUGGAGGAAAUGUGGGUAAAUGCAAAUUCGGUCAAAUCGGAGGAGCAGGGAAUGUCUUGGUUACUCCAACUGAACGAUGACAUCAGGAGGAUACAGGAAGAAUCUACUGUGGCACCCAUGAGGCCCAGACAGUCUGAUGAUGAAGCUACAGACUGCGAUGAAGAAUGGGACAUGGAAAACAAGGAUCGGUGUCUUAGCAACGGGCUGGAGGCGGAGUCAUCUCCAGAGAACCACACCCCAGAGCAGAGGCAGAGGGGUGACAUGUCUCUCCCACCCGCCUCCCCUCUCCCCGAGUCCCCAGGUCCUGCCUCUCCCGCUGGCACAUUACUACUGGGUUUGAAGAGGGUGUCUGUGCGGCUGGUUGACUGCAGGAAAACACUGGGGCUGAGUGGAACUACGAGAGGAGGAGAAGAGAAGGGAUAUGGAGAUUCAGAUUCGAUAUCAUCAAGUAGGAACAAUGGGGACAACCCUAAUGGUCGCUCGCUCAGUGGGAUGGUCUUAUCUGGGAAGGCUCCAGGGUUGAACUUGAUCCAGCGACCUUACAGCUGUGAUGUAUGUGAGAAGAGUUUCACUCAGUCAGGAAACCUACGAAGACACCAAAUAGUACACACAGGAGAGCGACCAUAUGUCUGUCCUAUAUGCGGAAUGAGUUUCCUUAUGUCAGGAACACUGUCUAGACACAAGAGAACACACACAGGAGAGAAACCAUACGGCUGUCCUAUAUGUGGAAAGCUUUUCCGUACGUCAGGACAAUUGACUAUACACAAGCGAACACACACUGGAGAGAAACCUUAUAGCUGUGAUCAAUGUGGGAAGAGUUUUACUCAAGCUUGUUCCCUGACUGAACACAAGCGAACACACACUGGCGUGAUGUUCCACUGCUCAGACUGUGAGAAGAGCUUCGCUACAUCGGUGAAGUUGAAACGGCACCAGCAAACGCACACAGGAGAGAAACCUUAUCGCUGUGAUCAAUGUGGGAAGAGUUUUGCGAGAGCUUAUUCCCUGACUGAACACAAGCUAACACACACAGGAGAGAAACCAUAUGUCUGCGAUCAAUGUGGGAAGAGAUUUACUAACUCGGGAACACUGACUUUACAUCAGCCGACACACACUGGAGAGAAACCUCAUAGCUGUGCUAUAUACAGCUGUAAGCAUUGUGAGUGGAGUUUUGCUCAUUCAGAAGACCUAGCAAGACACCACCAGAGAAAACACAUGUGGGAGGGUAUUCAUGUCUGUGAUCAAUGUGGGAAGAGUUUUGCUAGUUCUGGAGACCUGAUUAUACACAAGCGUAUACACACUGGUGAGAAACAAUAUGUCUGUGAUCAGUGUGGGAAGAGUUUUGCUAGUUCGGGAAACCUGAAUAUACACAAGCGUAUCCACACCGGAGAGAAACCAUAUGUCUGUGAUCAAUGUGGGAAGAGCUUUGCCUCAUCUGGAUUCCUGACUAAACACAAGCAUAUCCACACCGGAGAGAAACCUUACAGUUGUGAACGGUGCGAGAAGAGCUGCGUUUCCAAAGGAGAGUUGAGGACGCACCAGCUGGUACACCCCAGAGAGAACUCUCUCUUCCUGUGUGAUCGAUGUGGGAAGAGCUUCACACACAUGGGAUCCCUGAAUGUACACAUGCGUAGGCACACAGGAGAGAAACCCUACCGCUGCGAUCAAUGUGGGAAGAGCUUUAUUCAGCCAGUAGAAUUGAAAAUGCACCAACGAGUGCACACUGGAGAGAAACCCUACAGCUGUGAUCUAUGCAGGAAGAGAUUCGCUCAGUCAGGACUGCUGACUGUACACAAGAGAACACACACUGGAGAGAAACGUUAUAAAUGUGAUAUAUGUGGGAAAAGAUUCGCUCAGUCAGGAAACCUGAAGAGUCAUCAGAAAACCCACACAGGCAGAAAGAGAACCCGCACAGGUGGAGAGAGAAGUCAAACAGACAGACUGAAUCACCACCACACCUCCAUCCUCUCAGGCGUCAGUUCUCAGGAUCCCUCUGUAGACUCUGGGUAAACAUCACAGGAUUCCUGUAUUGACUCUGGGUAAACAUCACAGGAUUCCUGUAUUGACUCUGGGUAAACAUCACAGGAUCCCCUCUGUGGACUCUGGGUAAACACCACAGGAUCCCCUCUGUAGACUCUGGGUAAACAUCACAGGAUCCCCUCUGUGGACUCUGGGUAAACAUCACAGGAUCCCCUCUGUGGACUCUGGGUAAACAUCACAGGAUCCCCUCUGUAGACUCUGGGUAAACAUCACAGGAUCCCUGUAUUGACUCUGGGUAAACAUCACAGGAUCCCUGUAUUGACUCUGGGUAAACAUCACAGGAUCCCCUCUGUAGACUCUGGGUAAACAUCACAGGAUCCCCUCUGUUGACUCUGGGUAAACAUCACAGGAUCCCCUCUGUAGACUCUGGGUAAACACCACAGGAUUGACUCUGGGUAAACAUCACAGGAUCCCCUCUGUGGACUCUGGGUAAACAUCACAGGAUCCCCUCUGUAGACUCUGGGUAAACACCACAGGAUUGACUCUGGGUAAACAUCACAGGAUCCCCUCUGUGGACUCUGGGUAAACAUCACAGGAUCCCCUCUGUGGACUCUGGGUAAACACCACAGGAUCCCCUCUGUUGACUCUGGGUAAACACCACAGGAUCCCCUCUGUUGACUCUGGGUAAACACCACAGGAUCCCUGUAUUGACUCUGGGUAAACAUCACAGGAUCCCUGUAUUGACUCUCGGUAAACAUCACAGGAUCCCCUCUGUUGACUCUGGGUAAACACCACAGGAUCCCGUCUGUUGACUCUGGGUAAACACCACAGGAUUGACUCUGGGUAAACACCACAGGAUUGACUCUGGGUAAACAUCACAGGAUCCCCUCUGUAGACUCUGGGUAAACAUCACAGGAUCCCCUCUGUAGACUCUGGGUAAACACCACA